AGAGUGCGAGUGAGAGAGAACGUGAGAGGGAGCUGCUCCCUGCGCUCCUCACAUUUUCACAAUGGCAUCAGAUCCAGGGGUUAUCUUUCUCCUUCUGUGGACUAUAUCCCUGCAGGUGCUGGGCUCCAGAGCCACGACCGGUAAUGAAGUGAAUCUGUUGGACACCACCACUAUAUCAGGAGACUGGGGCUGGCUGACGUAUCCAUCACAUGGGUGGGAUGCAAUAAAUGAAAUGGACGAAUACUUCAGCCCCAUCCACACAUACCAGGUCUGCAACGUCAUGAGUCCCAACCAGAACAACUGGCUCCGCACCAAGUGGAUUCAGCGCGACGGUGCCCACCGAGUCUACAUAGAGAUCAAAUUCACCUUACGAGAUUGCAACAGCAUGCCGGGUGUCCUAGGUACAUGCAAAGAAACGUUCAAUCUGCACUACUGCGAAACGGACCGGGACAUGGGCGCUAACAUCCGGGAGAGUCAGUUCUCCAAGAUUGAUACGAUCGCAGCCGACGAGAGCUUCACCAACGUGGACCUGGGUGUGAGGAGACUGAAGCUGAAUACAGAAGUGCGUGGUCUGGGCCCGCUCAACAGACGGGGUUUCUACCUGGCCUUCCAGGAUAUCGGUGCUUGCAUUGCCGUCGUGUCGGUACGGGUUUACUACAAAAAGUGUACGGGCCUGGCGCGGAACCUGGCUGUGUUCACGGACGUGGUAACCGGAGCAGAUUCGUCGUCACUGGUGGAGGUCAGGGGUCAGUGUGUGGAUCACGCAGAGGAAAGAGAAACUCCAAAGAUGUACUGCAGCGCUGAAGGGGAGUGGCUUGUUCCCAUUGGACGGUGUGUGUGCAGUGCAGGGUUUGAAGAACACAGAGAGGCCUGUAUUGCUUGUGAAGUGGGCUUCUACAAACCUUUGGCUGGAGACCAGCUCUGUGCAAAAUGUCCCCUUCAUAGUCACUCGGAGACGAGAGCAGCCCUUACCUGCCCUUGUGACGCCAACUAUUACCGUGCCACCACCGACUCUCCUGCUGCUCCUUGUUCAAAACCUCCUUCAGCCCCAGUCAGUGUGAUUUCAUCUGUAAAUGGGACCUCUGUCAGCCUGGAAUGGGGGUCCCCUCUGGACACAGGUGGCCGAGCCGAUAUCAUCUACGAUGUCCAGUGCCAGAAAUGCAUAAAUGGUGGACAGUGCGAGGACUGCAAUGCUGGAACACGUUUUAUCCCCCAGCAGAAGGGACUGACGGAGCCGUGGGUUAACGUGCUCAAUCUGAUGGCCCACACUAACUACACCUUCCGCAUCCUGGUAAUGAAUGGGGUGUCGCAUUUAAGCAAGGAGGCGCUGCCUUAUGCCACAGUCAACAUUACCACAAAUCAGGCAGCUCCCUCCCAGGUAAUGGCUGUCCAUCAAGAAAACGCAAGUACCAACAGCAUUACUCUUCAGUGGCAUGAACCAGAGCAGCCGAAUGGAGUAAUCCUUGAAUAUGAUAUCAAAUACUAUGAAAAGGACAAUGAGCAACAGAGCUACUCUACUCUGAAGUCAAAGACCACAAGUGCUAAAGUAUCUGGCCUCAAGCCUGGUACCAGUUACAUCUUUCAGAUCCGGGCCAGGACUUCGGCUGGUUGCGGCCGUUUCAGCCCUUUAGUGGAAAUCAGGACAGGAAAAGUAGUCCCCCUACGCUACAACACCAUGACUAUUAUCUGGAUCUCCAUGGCACUGGUUACGUCGAUCGUGACAUUUCUGGCCAUUGUCAUCUGCAGAAAACGACACUGCGGCUACAGCAAAGCGUUCCAAGACUCAGAUGAAGAAAAGAUGCACUACCAGAAUGGGCACGUAUCGUUUCCAGAAGCUCGCUUUUAUAUUGAUCCACACACGUAUGAGGACCCAUGCUUGGCUGUCCAUGAGUUUGCCAGAGAAAUUGAAGCCUCCAGGAUCAAGAUUGAGAAAAUUAUUGGUUCAGGCGAGUUCGGAGAGGUGUGUUACGGACGUAUGAGGCUGCCAGGAAAGCGUGACAUCCCUGUGGCUCUAAAAACACUGAAAGCCGGAUACACUGACAAACAACGAAAAGAUUUCCUGAGUGAAGCCAGCAUCAUGGCUCAGUUUGACCAUCCCAACGUCAUACACCUUGAAGGCGUGGUCACACGAAGUAAACCAGUGAUGAUCAUUACUGAAUACAUGGAGAAUGGCUCGCUGGAUUCAUUCCUAAGGAGACACGAUGGUCAGUUCACCAUUAUUCAGCUGGUUGGGAUCCUCCGAGGCAUUGCUUCUGGCAUGACAUACUUGUCCGAUCUUGGCUAUGUUCAUCGGGACCUGGCUGCCAGGAACAUAUUGGUCAACAGCAAUCUGGUCUGCAAGGUUUCAGACUUUGGCCUGUCACGGGUGCUGGAGGAUGACCCAGAUGCAGCCUACACGACCACUGGUGGAAAGAUCCCGAUUCGCUGGACAGCCCCAGAAGCCAUUGCAUAUCGCAAGUUUUCUUCAUCCAGCGAUGUGUGGAGUUAUGGCGUGGUGAUGUGGGAGGUGAUGUCCUAUGGAGAACGACCAUACUGGAACCUCACCAACAGAGAUGUAAUAAAGUCAGUUGAAGAGGGCUACAGGCUGCCAGCGCCUAUGAGCUGCCCAGCUUCCCUCCAUACACUCAUGCUGGACUGCUGGCAGAGAGAGCGCAGUGAUAGGCCCAGGUUCUGCCAGAUUGUCACAGUCCUGGACAAGCUGAUCCGCAACCCAGAGAACCUCAAGUCAAUGGACACAAUGUGCAGGUUGAAGGCUGGCGAUCGAUACACCGCAUUUGUCAAUGUGUGCGGUGGGAACGGAGGGGGUUUCGGAGGCAGCACGGUGAACGAGUGGUUGGACACCAUCAAGAUGGGCCGUUACAAAGACCACUUUGCAGCGGGAGGCUUUCAUACACUCGGUCAUGUCAUGAGCAUGAAUCACCAGGACAUUCACAAGCUGGGUGUAACACUAAUGGGUCAUCAGAAAAAGAUCAUCACCAGCGUUCAGGUGAUGCGGGCACAGGUGCUAAACCAGAGUGUACCCUCUGUACACGUAUAAUCACCUCUUCGGGUCUCAUUUCGCAAUUUAAAUACACUUCCAUUUGAUAUGUGUGGUGUGUUAUGAACUCUUUAAGACUCUUCUGUAGAAAAAGAGUGAACUUUU